ACAAAAUAGAAAAAUUAACAUCAUCAAAUUAAACAUCAUAUAUAUUUAAUAAAUUCAACUACGAAUUAGUGGGGUGCGCCCGGCCGCAGCUGUAGUGCAACGCCUCGGCGACGCUCGAGAGCCCCAGCAGCAAGCUGCCGUGGUGGGCCCUCCCCUCAAGAAAUAAAUUUAAUAUCGUGUGGGCCAAUGGCCCACAUAUCAGAUAUUAAACUGAUAAGAACAGAUACUACACUUGAUCUUAGCCAAAAGGCCGAGAAAGCUCUCUGCUUCCUGCCCUUGAGCACAGCGUGUCCGAAUCUUGAGACAUGCUACAACAUCUUGCAGCACCACAGAUGCAAUCAGAGAAUCCUGCACCCAAACAGCGUGACGUGUCGGCGAUCGCGGCGGCGACACGUAACGUGUGGUGCUGCUAUCCGACGGGUGAGAGGGGAUCAUGUAGCAAUAUGGGGAUGCAAAUGCUUACCCUAAUAUCUGAAUUUUUAGAGCCCAUCACCUGUCCUUUUCCAACCUUACCCUAAUUUCGUCGAAACACAUACAUGUUGAGAAUGUCAGAACACUGCAUCAUUGGUAAUGGGAUAAAGCCUCGCUUGUCUUCCUUCUGUCCCCCCACAGUUUUGGAUAUAUAUAUAUAUAUUUGCAUCGAGAGUUUUUCAUGUUAAUUUCCAUAGAAUUAAAUUAAGAGGUUUGAAUAUUUUUUUGCGAUGGAUUCGAAUGCGUCGAGCUACCUUCUAAACCACGCAGCUCUGUCUUCGUAUCUCGGGAAAGAAGAUUCUAGCAUCAUCGAUUUGGGGCUGAGCUUGCGCAUUGUGCAGCCCGAUGCUUGCUACUCUCAUCCACAUGAGUGGGAGUGGCAGGCGCAGCUGAAGAAGAGUGAGGAGUUGGAGUCGAAGGAGAGCUGCGAGGAGGAAUCGGAAGGGAUUGAGAGCAAGCAGCGGUGGAGUUAUGUGAAGGUGAACAUGGAUGGGGUGGUGGUUGGGAGGAAAGUUUGCCUCCUCGACCAAAUGGACUAUUUUACCCUCGCCCUCCACCUAGAAGACAUGUUUGGGAAACAAUCCAUGUCCGGGUUGAGGCUGUUUCAAGCGGACUCGCCGUUUUCAUUGUUUUAUAAGGACAAACAUGAGCAGUGGAGGAAGGUUGGAGAUGUUCCAUGGAAGGAGUUCGUGGAGGGGGUGAGGAGGCUGAGAAUUGCAUGCAAGGAUGAAACUGCUCUGGUUUCUUCUUCGUUCAACGCUUUCUGACUUGCAUUAGGCACUGUUUUCUCAUCUCAUGAUUUAAUUUAAUUUCCACAAAAAUGUUGUACUACUAAUUAUCUAAUGCCAACUGUUUCCAUUUCUUGACUA